AUGGCUGAAAACACCAGGUAUCGUUCUCUAGAAGAACAGCUCAAGAAACAGGAAGUUCGACUUCAAGAGGUAAUGGAGACCAUGGCCGCAGCUCAGACUUCCUGCCAGAAUAGCUUGCAGCAGAAAUUCCAAGAGGAGCUCGGACAGAACAACGCGAAGGUAGAGGCGAUGGUAGGCAACCUGGAUCAGAGGUUCAGUAAGAUGGAGAUGAAACUCAAUGCACUACUGAAGGUGAUGAUGAAAGAGAAAGGUAUGCCGGAGACAGAGGCAUGCUCAUCAGAACCACUCCUACCGACUCCUCCACCGCAUUUUAAGCUCAUGACUUCCACAGAGGUGCAUGGAGCUCAGCCAGAGGUUAGAGCUAAGACUUUUACUCCCAGCUUACCACGACUUGAAAUGCCUAUGUUCGCAUCUGGGAAGUGGUCUCGUGAUGUGGUUGAGGAAUUCAAUAAAUUACAACAAAAGGGGACAGUAGAAGAGUAUGAGGAGAAGUUUGAGGAAUUGAAAACACUCAUGUUGAUCAGGAAUCCUAGGCUGGACGAAGGUUAUUUCAUAUCCAGUUUUAUUAGUGGUUUAAAGGAUGAGAUCAAACCAAUGGUUAAAAUGUUCAAACCCCUGACUCUUUCCAAAGCAUUUGAGGUUGCGGAAUUGCAGGAAUGCUCCAUAGAGACCAUGUCCAAACAGCCUAAGACUCCAGGCAGGACUGCGGUUGACCCUAAGUAUGGGAUGUUUAGAAACCACAGUAACAGCCAAAACAGUUCCAGCUCCUAUAAACUUCCUGCUAUUGAUCCUACUAACAGGAAGGUUGACACGAGAUCAGGGAGAUGUGGGGAUAAAUUUGGGAUUGGUCAUCAGUGUAAAUCUGGGGGAUUGAACUGUGUAGGUAUAGAGGAAGAGGAUGAAGCUGAAUUCGAGGAUGCGGAAGGAGAACAAGAUGAGCUCACUGGGAGGGUAGGAGAAAUGGCUGAAUUGGCUAAAUCUCUUCAGCUUCCCUACCAAACAGUCAGACCUUUUACUGUAACUUUGGCAGAUGGCACAGACAUCACAAGUGGCACAAUUUGCCCAGGGGUUAGAUGGUUAAUACAGGAUUACCAGUUUCAAUUCGAUCUGAAGAUAAUGGAGUUAGGAAACUGGGAUAUCAUCUUAGGAGUUGACUGGAUGUGUCAAUUCAGUCCCAUUACGUUUGAUUUCCAUGCACUCAGUAUUGCUCUUAGCAGCAGGGGUGACUUACUACAUCUCCAAGGCCAUAUUAAUCAACCUGUGAUGGAAUUAGUAAGGGGUAAAGAUCUUAGAACAUUUAUACAAGAAAAGCAAAGGAGCUGUGCCUUCCUACAGAUGGACCCCCAGGGAGAUCAAGAGGAGGAUAUCCCAGAACAAGUGACUUCAGUACUACAGCAGUACUCUCAGGUGUUUGCAACCCCUCAGGGAUUGCCUCCGGAGAGAGAACUAGAUCAUCAGAUUACUUUGAAACCAGGAGCAGAGCCAUUCAAACUUAAGCCAUACAGAUAUCCCUACGCACAUAAAUCUGAGAUUGAAAAACAGGUUGCUGAAAUGCUUACAAAUGGGAUUGUUAAGCACAGUUGUAGUCCUUUUGCUUCUCCUGUGCUGUUGGUUAAGAAAAAAGAUAAUACUUGGAGGCUAUGUGUGGAUUAUAGGAAGCUAAAUGAACUUACUGUAAAGGACAGGUUCCCUAUCCCAAACAUUGAUGAGCUGCUGAAUGAAUUACAUGGGAUUAAGUACAUGUCUAAAUUGGACCUCAGAGCUGGAUAUCAUCAGCUAAGAGUCAAGACAGCAGACAUACAUAAGACUGCUUUCCAAACACACCAUGGUCAUUUUGAAUUUUUGGUGAUGCCAUUUGGCCUCACUAAUGCACCAGCUACUUUCCAAUCUCUGAUGAACAGAAUAUUUCAACCUUAUAUGAGGAAGUUCGUGUUAGUUUUUUUUGAUGACAUUCUGGUUUAUAGUCCUACACUGGAGGCACACGCACAGCAUUUGAAGAUUGUGUUGAGUAUCCUAGCUGACAACCAGCUGUAUUGCAAAAAGUCUAAAUGCUCUUUUGCUCAGACUUCAGUGGAGUAUCUGGGACAUAUCAUUUCUGAGCAUGGAGUGAGUAUGGACAUGAGUAAGGUGGAGUGUAUCCAGUCAUGGCCUACCCCUGGCACAGUUAAGGACUUGCGAGGGUUCUUGGGUUAA